UUCGUCUUGCCGUUCUCUUCAUCUUUCCUUUAACCUUCUGUCUCUCCCCCCUGCCCCAUCCUCCCUUCUGCAGCAUGUCUACACCAGUCUCUCCAUCUCCCUCUCUUUCCCCACUGUCCCUGUCCUCUCCUUCUCCCUCCUCGUCUCCUCUGCCCUCUCCCCUCUCUCCUCCACCCAGGCUUCCAGUCUUCCAGAGGAAAGGAGCACUCAAGCACAAGCGGAUUGUAGAAGUGAAAGACCAUCAGUUUACAGCCCGCUUCUUCAAACAGCCCACCUUCUGCAGCCACUGCACAGACUUCAUAUGGGGAAUAGGAAAGCAAGGGUUCCAAUGCCAAGUUUGCAGUUUUGUGGUGCACAAACGCUGUCACGAGUUUGUCACUUUUACAUGUCCAGGAAGCAUCACUGCACCUAAAGCAGAGGAUCUGAAGAGUAAACACAAGUUUAAGAUUCAAACUUACUCCAGUCCAACCUUCUGCGAUCACUGUGGUUCUCUGCUUUAUGGCCUCAUUCACCAGGGCAUGAGAUGCACCAGCUGCGAGAUGAACGUUCAUAAGCGAUGUGAGAACAGUGUACCCAGUCUAUGUGGGCAUGACCACACUGAGAAAAGAGGACGGAUCCACCUGAGUGUACGUGGAGAGAAGGAGGAUAUCUAUGUCACAGUACAUGAAGCAAGGAACCUGAUUCCCAUGGACCCCAAUGGCUUGUCUGACCCCUAUGUGAAGCUUAAACUUAUUCCAGACCCCAAAAGCCACAGCAAACAGAAAACCAAGACGAUUCGUUCCACUCUAAACCCUGUCUUUAAUGAAAGUUUUGUCUUUUCAGUGAGAGGCAGGCAGUGGGAUAGGCGCUUAUCUAUAGAGGUAUGGGACUGGGAUCGUACGUCUCGAAAUGACUUCAUGGGAGCUCUCAGUUUUGGAGUGAGUGAGAUAUUUCGUCGUCCUGUUAGCGGCUGGUUUAAACUGCUGAACCAGGAUGAGGGAGAGUACUACAAUAUCCCUGUACCUGACCCAGACUUACAGGAGCCAGACUCUGUUGUCUCUCCCUCUCUUCCUCCUGCUCCUGUUACUGUGCCCACACCUGUGCCUGCUGUCACACCACCUGUUGUGAGUCCUGCACCCACCAGCUUACCAGUGGGAAAGGGCCGGGUUGGACUCCAUGACUUCAACUUCCUUAUGGUGCUAGGGAAGGGCAGCUUUGGCAAGGUGAUGCUGGCAGAGGAACGAUGUAGCGACCGCUUGUUUGCAGUGAAGGUACUGAAGAAAGAUGUGCUGUUUCAGGACGAGGACACAGAGAGCGCCAUGGUGGAGCGGAGAGUUCUGGGAUUGGGCAGCCGACCUCACUUCCUCACGUCUCUCUUUUGCGCUUUCCAGACUGAGGAUCGUCUGUACUAUGUAAUGGAAUAUGUGAAUGGUGGAGAUCUCAUGUUUCAUAUUCAGAUUGUUGGGAAAUUUAAAGAGCCGCAUGCCGCAUUUUAUGCAGCAGAGAUAGCUGUGGGCCUCUUCUUCCUGCACAGCAAAGGCAUCAUCUAUAGAGAUCUCAAACUGGAUAAUGUGCUGUUAGACAGUGAGGGCCACAUAAAGAUUGCUGAUUUCGGGAUGUGCAGGGAAGGCAUGAUGGAGGGAGACACCACACGGACAUUCUGUGGCACUCCGGACUACAUUGCUCCUGAGAUUGUAGCAUAUCAGCCAUAUGGUAAAGCAGUAGACUGGUGGUCAUAUGGGGUUCUCCUUUAUGAGAUGCUGGCUGGCCAGCCUCCAUUUGAUGGGAUCGAUGAAGAGGAAUUGUUUCAGUCCAUCAUGGAGCAAAGUGUAUCGUAUCCCAAGACUCUGUCUCGUGAGGCUGUUGCCAUUUGCAAAGGGCUCUUGACCAAGAAUCCAACGAAGCGUCUUGGUGGGGGAGAGGAUGCAGAGAGAGAGAUACGUGAGCAUCCUUUCUUCCGUUGGAUAGACUGGGACAGACUGGAGAGACUUGAAAUUCAGCCACCGUUCAAGCCCAGGCCUGGAGGGAAAAAAGGAGAAAAUUUUGACAAGUUUUUCACGGCUGCCUCUGCAGCCCUGACUCCCUCUGAUCCAGAUGUUCUCGCAGCUGUCAAUCAGGAAGAUUUCCAGGGCUUUACCUACAUAAACUCUGAUUUCCCAUCCACCCCUCUUACUGCUGUCUGAGAUCACACAUCCCAAACAAACAAUGCGUCUAUUUGAACUAACAGCUCUUUAUGAUUUUCCUACGUCCCAGAAUUCUCUCUUCUCCAAAAGUCAUAAAUUGUGCAGUGUUUUCCAGUGACUAUUAAUCAAAAUAGAUAUUUUACUAACACACUAGCGUACAGUACCCUGUACAGACUCCCUCUAGAAACUAGAUCUAAACAUUACACGUAGGCAUGUCUCAGAUUCUCUUUGAGAGAUGACAAAAAAGAAAGGAAAUUCAUGAGUCUGAUGAAUUCUCUACACUGUAAUCUCCACAUAGGCCCUCUAGUGGUAUAGACAGAAGUGAUUAUAUUAUCAGAUUGCAUGAUAGAGCGCUCUAAAUGUACUGUAUCAUCACACUCUCCAGUGCUGUUUGCAAUCCUCUCUAGAUCCUAAACCAGCUUUUUUUUGCAUGUGACAAAACCCAAUAGUCUUAUUUUUGAUACUGGCCAUGCAACCCAUAUUCCUGACCCAUAAUAUGAGUAAAGCAUUAACUUAUUCUCAUCAGCUCAUUACUUAGACAGUAGUCUGUAACCAAGCAUAAUUGAUCCUUGGAGCUGAAGGGAUUAAAUGCAUGUCAUCGAUUUAAUAUUCUUAUAAGGUUGCUGAUGUUUAUAGCUGGUGUGGUGCCUUAUUAUAUAUCUUACAUUCCUCUAUACCUCCUUCAUCACUUUAGUUUCCUGUUCUUCCUAAUUUUACUCGUUUAUCAAGCUGGAUAUGAACGAGUGAGUGUACAUUUAUACAUAAGAAGACUCACAGAUGUUAACCUCGAUUGCUCAGCUUCGAAUCUUAUCAUUCCGGACAAGUUGCUGUAUUUUUAUGUAUAUACGGAAUAUAAAUGUAUAUAUAAUAAAUAUAUAAUCAUUUAAAUAUAGAUAAAAUGCUACUGUAGGAAAAAUGUGCUGGUCUCAACAGAUGGUUGCUGAAAGCCAAGAUGUUGCAAACAGCAGAAUUUAUAUUACAGGAAGAGUUUGGUUUGUGUUUCUAAUUGUCAUACCAUAAGGCAUCACACAAGCUAUUCUCCAUGAUCCAGCCUUCAUGAAUUCCAGUCAUUAGAGUGUAGUAUGUCUUAAUUAAUUUCCUAGAAAGCCGUAUCCUCCAUCAUGCAACCCCUUCUUAAAUCUUAAAUACCUUUUUUAUCCGCCGAGUGAAAUACUGUAUUGUAUAUAAGAAUACAUCUCUUAGCACGGAGAUCAAACAUCUAACGUAAUAGAAUACUGAAUAAUGUUAUACUGUAUCUGGAAAUGAAUUUUCACAGCAACUGGAAAUCCUUGGAACUGGAAUAUCCUGUUUAGGUCACUAUUUAAGUUAAUAGCUACUAUUUUAUUUUCAUGUGGAGAAUACUAGUUACAGAUCUUCAUGGCAUGUUGAUGUCUGAAUCUGAUGACUUUCUUUUCUUUCACAGUAGUUUAGACAAAGAAUUUCUCAACUCAUUGUAUAAUGACUGUAUCACGUCAUCUUAUAUCGUCUUUAACUUACCCUAACUGAUAAGAAGGUAUCGAAUGUAUUGUGGUGUGCAAAUAUAACGACAACAGAUACAACAGAUGCCUAUUGAUGAUCCAGUUUUACUGUAUCUUUAGAUUUUUUUCUGUCAUGCAAGAAAAUAUAUGUAUAUGACCGCACGAUUUCAAGUGUAUAUGCUUAAGGAAUCUGUAUAUGCAGGAAAAAUAUUAAAAUACAUAAUUGCUUUGAAGUGAUGCUUGUUCGAAAAGUUUGGAAAGUGUAAAGAAUUCUAGUUAAUUCUAGUAAAAUCCACAAAUACAGUAGUGAAUAGUCACAAGAGUCAGUUUAUUCUGAAAGCUGGUGAUAAGUUGUGUAUAAAUCUGCAACGGGCUUAUGAGAGAAGAAGCAAAGUUCAAUCAGUAAGACUUUCAAAAAAUAUCAUCACCAUCUUUGUAGGUCAUAAUAAGCUCUGGUGAUUAUACCGUAUGUAGCUAAAUACUGUAGGUAGCCUUUUCCUGAGUCUAGCCAUCAACAUAGCGCUAUAAUUUUCAGUAUGGCUCUGACUAUGGCGUUGGAUAUAGAGCGCAAUCACAGAUUUAUAUUAAAGU